AUGCAAUUCUUCUUCUUGGUCGCCACAGCCUACGUGCUGGUUGUGGCUGUAUCCUGCCAGCCGCUGCUAGAUGCAGCCAACGAUAUCGACGACAGGAGCGGCGCUCGCUGGACUCGCCAGCCGGCCAUCGCCAAGCGUAGGGUGGAAGUACUGACCUCGGCGAGAGACAUGGUGUCCGAGCUCUUUGCACGUGUGGGUCGUCGGGUUCCCUCUGCCGAGGCGACCAAGCCCGCCGUGGAAGCGACCAGCUGGGGUUCGCUUGCCAAGGAAGAGCUGGCCAAGGCACGCCCUCGCACCGAGCUUCACGUCAAGACCCCCGAGCCCGAGCCUGUACCCCAGCCUCGCAUCCCCGAGCCGUUCGAGUUCCGCGGCCCCGAGACGGGAUACGGUGGCGAUGCGGAGACUCAGCUGCGCGCUCGACUGUACCAGCAGCCUCCGCUCACGCAUACCUCGGCACAGGAGAUUCGUCAGGUAGCUGCCGAGGCUGCCGCUGCUGCCCAUCCCAAGAACCCCGUGCUGGCACGCCUGUCUAGCGCGGAAGCUCUAGUUGCCGCGGGUACCAGUCUGACCAUCUCGUCAAUUCUCGUGUGGAUCAUCAAGGGCAACAUCGACCGCACCAACGAGGCCAACGCCCAAAUCGCCGCCACCCAAGCCCAGGGCCAAGCCGACAUGCAGCAGGUUGCCUCGCUCGGAGCCCGGGAUUCUAGCAAGAUUACAAAGCGCACAGUUGGCGUGGAGAAGCGCAACGCUCGCGUGGCCACGGCCGCAUUUGCUACCGCCAUGACCGGCCUGGUCCUGUGGAGGGCUGUUGACAACAUCAACGAUGCGCGCUCACGCUCGAACCAGCGACCGACGUACGCGGCUACCACCAUGACGCACUUUCCGAAGUUCCCCAUGGCCGGGUGGCAGCUCCAUUCGAUCCUCGAUCAGUGGAACGACGACGAUGGCGAUGAUGGCCAGAAGGAGAAGCACAAGUCGAAGGAUGACUCCGAGUACGACGUUCCGGCUGCGGCGUUCAACGUGCCCAAGCAGGCCAUCAUCGCUUCGAGCCCUGCACCUCUUCCACCCACCGUAUUUCUCACUCUCGCCACCGUGUCGCUCUAG